AGGGGUGUUUUUAAGUACUUGUUCAAGCUAUAUAAUUAUUCACUGUAUCUCCUAAUUGCCUUGGCUCUUUCUGGUGUGCUUUUUAACCUGAGUGCGAGCUUCAAAAUAACGUGGUUAUAGAGUCAGUCUCACAUGGCCUGGUCAGGGUGCUCAUUGUCUUUGCUGCUAAAAUAGCUCCAUAUGAGGCAGUUCUUUAUGCUUAGUGAGCGUCUUUAUUGUAUUUUGCCUAGAUAUUUUUGUAGCUUGGAGAGAGCAGGGUAAAAAAAACCUUUUGUCUUUAUGACCUUUGAGCAGUUUUCUACACCUUGCUCUGGGAAGAGUUGAAUCAAAUGUGUUUUCACAUGACGGAGCCAUUCACUCAUGUGGAUAUCGAGCUGAAACAAAUAGCUGCGGCACCAUAGCUUAAACAGUUCGUAUCUCAAAUGCAUCUUGUUUAUCCAGUAUGUUGCACUCGUAUUUCUCUCUUCCUAUUCUUCUUCCCUCUCUUUUUUUUUCUUUUCUUUUCCCCUCUUUCAUACUGGACCGUCUUGUCUCAUGUCAUCCGUUUUGCCAGUUCCACUUCCCUCUUCCACAGAGCAACUGAAGAACAGAUUAAUCAUGUCAUAAUAAGGGUGGGUUGGUCCUAAACGGUCAAACAGGCUCUCUCUCUUCACCACUGAACGUGGCAGAAAAGUGGAUCGACUGGUUUGACCAGAGUCGGUGGAGGCCAGCCCUGUGGUGGUGGAAAAGUCAAGCUACCCACACCAGAUUUACAGUAGCAGUUCGCACCAUUCCCACAGUUACAUAGGCCUGCCUUAUGCUGACCACAACUAUGGGGCGCGGCCCCCACCUACACCGCCAGCCUCCCCACCCCCCUCCAUGUUGAUCCGACAAGGAGAGGGGGGGCUGUUUGUUCCAGGGGGCCAGGACGAAGCGUCUAGGGGCACCACACUCAGCACCUCAGAGGAUGGCAGCUACGGGGCUGACAUCACCCGUUGCAUCUGUGGCUUCACCCAUGACGAUGGCUACAUGAUCUGUUGUGACAAGUGCAGUGCCUGGCAGCACAUAGACUGCAUGGGCAUUGACAGACAGAACAUUCCUGAGACCUACCUGUGUGAACGCUGCCAACCUCGACAUCUCGAUAGAGAGAGGGCCGUCCUGCUGCAGACCCGGAAAAGAGAGUCUUUAUCUGACGGGGACACCAGUGCUACAGAGAGUGGAGAUGAGGUUCCGCUAGAGCUCUACUCCACCUUCCAGCACACGCCUACCACCAUCACCCUCACCACUGGACGCCUUGGCAAUAAGCAAUCUGAUAAAAAGCGCAAAAAGAGUGGUGAAAAAGAGCCUCCAGCGUCCUCUGCUCGAGCUAAAAAGGCCUUCCGAGAGGGGUCCAGAAAAUCCUCUAGAGUAAAGGGUGCAGCUCCCGAACAGGAGCCAACAGAGCACCCGUCUCUGUGGGAGAACAAGAUCAAAACGUGGAUGGAGCGUUACGAGGAGGCCAGCAGUAAUCAGUACACUGAGGAUGUUCAGGUCCUGUUGCGUGUUAAAGAACAAGACGACGGCAAGAGUCUGGCAUACAACACGCACCCAGCCUCUUUCAAACCCCCUGUAGAGAGUCAAGUUCAGAAGAACAAGAAGAUCCUCAAGGCGGUGCGAGACUUGGCCCCAGACUCCCUCAUCAUUGAGUACAGGGGCAAGUUCAUGCUUCGACAGCAGUUUGAGGCCAACGGAUACUUCUUCAAGAGGCCAUACCCUUUUGUGCUAUUUUAUUCAAAAUUUGAUGGACUGGAGAUGUGUGUAGACGCUCGCAGCUUCGGAAACGAAGCACGUUUCAUUCGCCGCUCUUGCACUCCCAAUGCUGAAGUGCGUCAUGUCAUUGAGGACGGCAUGUUACAUUUAUACAUCUACUCAUUGCGGCCGAUAUCCAAGGGCACAGAGAUCACAAUUGGUUUUGAUUUUGACUAUGGCAGCUGUAAAUACAAGGUGGACUGUGCCUGUGUGAAGGGGAACCAGGAGUGCCCGGUACUCAAGCACAACCUAGAGCCCACAGAGAACCUGGGUUCUGCAGGCAGACGCAGAGGGAAUCGGAAGGACAAGGAGUUGGCAAGGGACGACCAGGCCCAGAACCAGAACGUGGGUUUGGACGGCGAGGGGAAGGGCAAGAACAUAGGCGACAGCAAGCAGAGAAAACUCUCUCCUCUCCGCCUCUCCAUCUCAAACAACCAGGAUCCUGAGUUAUUUGAGGAUCUAGAAGACAAAACCUCCGUUAGCAAUGAAGUAGAGAUGGAGUCAGAGGAGCAGAUUGCAGAGAGGAGGAGGAAGAUGGCCAACCCAGCGGAGCAGUCCCAUCUACCUGUCGGGGCGGCUUCGUGCUGGAGGGGGCUGAAAAUCAAGGAGACACGAGAGGAGAGGAAGAUGGAGGCCAUCCUGCAAGCCUUUGCCCGAAUGGAGAAGAGAGAGAAACGACGGGAGCAGGCGCUGGAGAGAAUCGGCAGCAUAAAGUCCGAGGUUGGGGGCCGCAGUGACAUUAAGGAGGAGCCUCCAGCCACACCAGAGACGGCAGAUUCGCCAGCUGUCAUGCAGCCACUCCUGGAAGUAAAAGAGGAACCAGGUCUAAAGCCAGCCAAGGUUAAAGGCACGAGGAACAGGAAAAGUUUCUCAAGAAACCGCACUCACAUUGGGCAACAGCGGCGACGAGCUCGCACCAUCAGCACUUGUUCUGACCUGCCUCCCAGCUCUCCAGCUGAGUCUGUGGAGCCUGUGACCAAUGAAGCCCCUGAAGGAGAAACGCCCACUGUGCCAGAGCCGGAGGCCAUCUCCACACAAGCACCCGACACCAGUCCUCCGCACAGCAGCUCACCUGCACCUGACAGAAACCGAACAGGGAGCAAGAAUUUCAAAACAAAAAAGCACUUUGUGAAUGAGUGGGUAGGUGAGAAACAGCAGGACCGCGGUGCUGUACGAACACCAGAACCAGUCCCAGAAAGGCCGCUGAGAAUAAGCAGUGACCCUGAAGUGCUGGCCACGCAGCUCAACGCCCUGCCAGGCCUGGCCUGCUCCCAGCAGGUCUACAGCACGCCCAAACACUAUGUCCGCUUUUUGUCCCCGUUCUUGGCAAACCGCAGCCCCACAUCUCCCGGGGUCCCCACUGGGAGACGGCGUUCCCGAGAACUACCCGAAAUGCCACCAACCACUGGGUCCUGCAAGAAGCGAUGGUUGAAGCAAGCUCUAGAGGAGGAAGGCUCCACCAGCCCAGGCAGACGGCCAAGUCUUCUCAUGCCCGGUGAAGGCCCUCUCAGCCCCUCCAUUAACGGAGACUCAGACAGCCCCCUACCCUAUAAUGGCAUCUGCUCGCUACCAGAGUUGCCCACUCCUUUGAAAAAGCGACGGUUGAGUCCUUUGGACGCCUGUAUGUCUGAGAGCUCAACGCCCUACGGUUCCCCUUGUGCCACACCCACCCGGACAGAACAGUCGGAGACGACGCUGGCACCAGCCUUAAUGGCCACCCCUCCACGUCCCCGAACAGAGGAGCCAAGCACGGAGCCCUUGCCCAGCACCCCGACGCAAACGCUUAAUGCCCCUCAGGAGAAUGAAUCUUCAGGGGAGAACUCACCAGAGGUCAACCGGAAACCUUGUGUGCAGGAGGCCGAUCGUCCUCCUUCGUUGGCGUCCUCUCCCUGCAUCAGGGUUCCUAGUUCAGAUGGACUCCCGUCAGAAGCCAAGGUGUCAGUUCCAGAGAGCCCACAGCCUCCACCUGCUGAGUCGGUGGACUGUGGAGAGGACAGGCCUGAUAGUGGGGGUGUAGAAGGCACCAGUGAGGCUCCCUUGUCUACAGAAACAUGUGCUUCCUCUUAUUCUGGCUGGAUAAAAAGCCCAGAGAGGGGCCCGACUGGACCAGCUGGCCUGAACUUCUCUCCAGUCAACUCAAACUUAAGGGACCUCACCCCCUCCCACACUCUGGAGCCUCUGGCAGCCCCCUUCAGACCCGAGGCUGCAGCAGGACCCUCAGCAGGAACGGGGUCACUGGUUGGCUCUCAGCCCUCGUUUAGCGAAGGCCAAGGGCAGCUCUUUCACCCCGGCUCUGAGGAGGGAAGUUCUCUCAGCUUCUCACGCUCGCUGAAUGGGGACAGCGCUGGCGACGGAGGAGGCUCGGCACAGAACCCCCCACAGAAGAAAAAGGUUUCCCUUCUAGAAUACCGUAAGCGUCAGCGCGAAGCCCGUCGCAGCGGCUCCAAGACCGAGUGCAGCUCUCCCGUUUCCACUGUGCCGCCUCUAGCUGUGGACGCCUUCUCUGUCUCUCUAGAGACCACCAGCGAGCCUCCUCUACCUCCUGCUUCCACGGCUCUCUCGAACACCACCGCAGCUUUAAGAGAGCCACAGACAAACGAGGAGGCAGAGUCCACCGAAGAGAAGGAGGGAGGAGAAGGACAGUGGACAUCGUCGACUUCUGUAGAGCAGGCCCGAGAGCGCAGCUACCACCGAGCUCUGCUGCUCAGCAAAGAUAAAGAUACAGAUGGUGAGACAGAAGGUGGAGAUACGCCUUCGAUGAGGGAGUGUGCAUCUCCGAGUGUCCAGAAGACCCCGACCCACACACCCUGUUCUCCUGGCCCUCUUGUCCAACCUUCUGGUCGGCGAUCGAAGGAGGAAGAUGGCGAUGGCCAACCUCGGACGCCAAAUCUGACCAGCCAGCCGACAAGCAAGCCGACAGGACCCAAAUCGGCCCCGCUAACACCGACAAAGCUGCACCCCACUCCGUUACCCUCCUCACCAGUCCACUACCCUGGAUCAUCCCUCCUCCACUCUCCAAAGCCUCAGGCUCAGGGUUCGCCCUAUCGCAGCCAGAGGGCGCUGUUCUCUGCCCAAACUCAGAACCAACCACAGCCCCAGACUCAGACUGGGCCCAGUGCUUUCCCACAGUAUAAUACACAGAACACUCCACCACCACCACCCCCUCCACCGCCAGCACCGCCUGUUUCCACAGCCUAUUUUCCAAGCCAGAGCCCCUCACCUGCCGGACCUUUCCCUGGGUUUAAACCCUCUGUCACGCCGCCCUAUCCUCCAGGCUCACAGCCCCUGAUGCAGACUCUUCCCCACAGCGUGCACUAUCAGAGCUCAGCUGCUCCUCCGCCGCCACCUCCUCCGCCUCCACACCCGAUGCCUGGCCCCACCCUGCUACACGUCAACCUGCAGCCACCUCCCAUCCAGCAACAUCAGCUUAUGAUGACAACUGCACCUCCUCCCCCUCCUCCCCCACAGGGUCAGACCUCCCAACAGCAGCAGCCGCCUCCUUCAGGAGGCACCCUGUUGUCACUUACCCCUCCGCCACCACCUCCUCCGCCUCCUCCAGCCCCCUCUACCAACACCCCAAUGCAAUCCCACCACUAUCAGAACUUAGGGGGGUUUCAGCCAGCACUGAUGCACCCUGGUGCUGCAGCGAACUCUUCAGUACCCCCAUCCUCCUACCCCCCACCCCUUCAGCAGACUGGACUGCCUCCACCUCCCCCACCUCCUCCCCAACAGACUCAACAAGGCCAGUCUCAGGCCGCUGCCUCCCAGAUGCCUUCUGGGACUCGUGGAGCUCCUGCAUCCUCAACCCCCUUCCACAGCUCGGGGUACCUGAGCACAGGGUGGCACUGACCCUCCCCUUCGUGCCGCUGGUGUCUGGCAGCCCCUGAGAACUCAUCGUGAGGGGGCAUGUACCAUACGCUGUAGAUAUGUUUUCUAUGUACCUGUACACAUGGCCAGUGGAAAAACAGCUGAUUGUGGGAUAAAAGGGUACUUUUUAAGAAAAACAAAAAAAAGACAGAAAAUUUUAACAAAAAAUGGACAGUGAAAUAAAUCUUCAAGACAGACUAUAAAAAUAAAGAUAGACGAUUCUCCCCGGUGCUCAUAGCCCUUUUCUCUCUGGCCUCCAUGUUUGUUUUUAUAAUACCCUUCCUGUGAUGGAGAGGAAGGAUCUUUGUUCUGUGUCUUGUUUGGACUCCCGUUGUAAGGCACUUUGUUUAUCAAUGGACAUUCCAGCCUAUAUCCUUCCUCUUCCUUUCCCCUUUGUCAGUUACACAUGUUACUUCCUCCUCUCACUCAUCUGUUGUCAUCUCUAUACACCAUUUAUUUGUUUUAAUCUAGUGGUUCAUUAUAGCGCAGAGAAAGCUCUUUUUGUAUAGAGAAGAAGAAAAAAAGACAAUUAUUUUUUUUAUUCCUCUGUCUGACAACAAAUAUCUGUUCACCGCUGCAGAUUCAGAAGAAAAAAAAAAAGAAAAAAAAAA